AACAAUUCAACGUCACCUCAUCCAAAGACGACACUUUACCCAUCAAAACAAACCCCAAAAUAGCCGUUCAAACUCCCCAAAAAUUAAUUUUCCAUCGUCUCAUGACCUAAACUUUUUGGUUCCCGAAUUUUUUCGGGGUUUUUCCGACCUUAUUGUCGAUUUUUCCCCUACUAUCCUCCCACACCGCCAACCGCCAUGUCGACCCGGAAAGUGCGAUACAAGAAGCUUAACAUCAAAACCCCUCUGCCCGUACUCCGUGAAGACCAAAUAGAUCCCAACGAAUACGAAUCCCUCACAACCGAAUCACAAAUCGCGACCGGUGUCGAACAGGCCGAAGAAAAUGAAUACCAUCUGCAGGCUGCCCUUAGGGGGGUUGGUGCGAGUAAGGAUAAUGAGAUUCCCGUGCCGCCGCCGCAGAAGAGCGAGGCGGACUAUAAUGAGCUGUAUCCCACACCAUACGUAGAGCCCAAACAUUACAUAAAGUUCUCUGAAACUGUUGAGGAGACGCUCGGUUGUCUCUAUGAUAUGACCACAGAGGAUGAGGAAUAUCUCAAGUCCUACAAUGCCAAGUGGACGGGAAAUUCACAGCUUUCGGAGGACGACUUCGAACGGAUAAUGGAGGUAUUCGAGGAUACAGCCGCAGAGCAAGCUCCCUUUGCUGCAGUUGACAAUACAGUAGUGCCCUUUGAAGUUAUGGCCCAGGCCAUGAGCCACACAAUCCCCGCCAAGCUCAUUCAAGCACAUGCUAAGAAUGUCUACGAGUACUGGAAGACUCGACGGCAGGUGUGCGGCAACCGAAGUCUGCAUCCGUCGCUCAAGUUCGAAACUCAUCAAGAGCAUGAUGACAUGGACCCUUAUGUCUGUUUCCGAAGGCGUGAAGUUCGGCAGACAAGAAAGACGAGGGCACGCGAUGCGCAGGUGAGCGACAAGUUAAAGAAGCUGCGUAAGGAGUUGGAAGAUGCGCGGCAGCUCGUCGUCUUCUCUUACCAGCGAGAAAUAUUCAAGCGGGAGAUUUUGCGCAGCGAUAGAUCUGUCUUCGAACAGCGAAAUAGCCUCAAGGAGACUAAAAAUCGCCUCGGCAUUAAAGGUGACGACGAAGACUUUUAUAAUGCUAGGCCGCAAAAGCGGCAGAGAACAGAAGCGCAACAGCAAGCGCGCGCUGGUCCUCAUGGCCAGCUUCGUGUGGUUGUUCGUCCCGACGGAGGACGGACUGUGGAACCCGCUGAUCUUGCCGUCUUGGCCGAUAAGCUUGCUGAGAAGGAGAAUGAGUUGCGUAACGAUGUCGAGAUGAAGAUCCAGAACCACAGGAGAUGGAAUAGCAAUUAUGUGGAUCUUACUGCUGACCCCUUACCUCCCGUCAAGGAGGAGAAAGAGCCAAGUUUCAGGCCAGCAAAAACCACCUAUUUGAUGACUCCACCGGCAUCCGCGUCAGAUUCCAUGGAGCAAGACGAGGAAAGCCCGUUGGAUUCUUUCAAAUCCUUCCAGCAAAUCAGUUCCAGUAUCAUCAACCUAGGUGCCACAGAGCCCGAGAUGUCUUCAUACCGUCGUCGUAUAGGCCGACUAAAUCGCUUAUUUAUCGACCGUCGGCCACCUAAGUUGAAUAGACACCAAAGUCCUCCACACGAUAUGGACUUCAGCCAAAGUGACCGUUGGAAAUAUGACCAGGAUGACGAUGAUGAUGAUGAACAACCGGUGUAUGAAGUGGACCCCAACAGCGCUCGUCAGAUGAAGUUCCGGUCGACAAUACCACCUUCGCCCUUCCUAUUUAAAAGACAGGGGGUCGAUAUUGCUAGUUUUCAGGCGAGCAGCGUAAACCGACAAGCUCUCCCACAACCCCAAGCACCAACAGCCCAGCCUCAACCUCGAGCACCUCAGACUUGAGCUUGAUGAGUCUCUAGUAUUAAAGGUAUUGGUGAGAACCAAACUUAGCACUCGGAGAAUGGUUAACCUUGGGCAGUAAAAACCCAAGUGACGAAUAGCCAUACUCCGCGCAGGUGGUUGCUCGAUACAGAAGAGUACACCGUAUCCCAGAGAAGUGCGAGUGCAUUUAUUCCGUCCUGCGACGGAAGGCAGGCAUGAGUCGUAUCGACCCUAGGCGCACUUUAUUGGGCGAUAU